CAACGGCUCGCCAUCCCGAGUCGGGCUUUAAAGCUGAGAGGAGGUAGAGGGCUGUAUCUUUCUCUAGCGAUGACUCUGUAACAACCUUGAGCUUGUGAGAAACAAUAUACGUAUUUGCGUUUGUUAAAAAGAAGUUAUAGCUGUGUUUUGAAAGGUUUCCUUGCUCUAAAAAGCGCAGGCUUGUGUGAGAAAAUCGCCGUGCUGUUCGCAGCUGCUCUGCGCUAACGUUCACUUGCUUGGAGAAAAAAAAGAAAACGUCCGUUGCAGGACUCUGUGGAAAAAGGAGGGAGCAGUUGAGGAAACUUUUCGAGGUCAAGGACUCCUAAUAUUUCUGGACAAAACAGCAAAAAAGAAACUUCAGCCAUGUCUCUGUCGGUGCCUCAGAACGGACGAGGAGAAAACGAGCCCGUUAUCGAGCUUUUCGUGAAGGCGGGCAGUGAUGGAGAGAGCAUAGGAAAUUGCCCAUUCUCUCAGCGUCUCUUCAUGAUCCUUUGGCUGAAGGGCGUGGUCUUCAACGUUACCACUGUUGACCUUAAGAGGAAACCAGCAGAUCUUCAGAACUUGGCUCCAGGUACACACCCUCCCUUCAUCACGUUUAACACAGAGGUGAAGACCGACGUCAACAAAAUCGAAGAGUUUCUGGAGGAUGUUCUCAGCCCACCCAAGUACGCCAAACUCAGCGCCAGACAUCCAGAGUCCAACACGGCAGGGAUGGACAUAUUCGCCAAAUUCUCCGCUUACAUCAAGAACUCCAAACCUGAUGCCAAUGAGGCUCUGGAGCGAGGCCUGCUGAAGACCCUUCAGAAGCUGGACGAGUACCUGUGCUCACCGCUGCCUGACGAGAUCGACCACAACAGCAUGGAUGACGUCAAGGUGUCUAGCCGCAAGUUCCUGGAUGGAGAUGAGAUGACCCUGGCCGACUGCAACCUGCUUCCCAAACUGCAUAUCGUCAAGGUGGUGGCCAAGAAGUACCGAGGCUUCGAGAUCCCUAAAGAUAUGACCGGCAUCUGGAAGUACCUGAGCAAUGCGUACACACGCGAAGAGUUCACCAACACCUGCCCCAGCGACAAGGAGAUUGAGAUCGCCUACGCCGAUGUAGCCAAGAGGCUUGUCAAAUAAUGGAAAAAGCAGCAAUCUCCCCCGAUUCCCUCAAUGGGACUGAUUCUGUUUUUUCACAAAAGAGGGAAAAAAACAAACUAUGGACUAUUUUUUUCCCCUUCUUUCUUUUUAGUUUAAGAACCCCCACUGCAUGAUUUUUCUCUUGUCCCUUAUAAACACUUCUUUAAGAUAUUGCAUUUAUUGUCAGUGUAACCCAAAGCAGUUCCUGACAAUUUGGUAUAUCCAAACUUUUGUAUCACAUUUUCUUUUUCAGUUGUUAUUAUUUUUUUCUCCUGAGACCUUUGUGUUAAUGCAGGAAAUGCCACGUACUGGAGAUGUAGGAGUUUGUGAGCGUGUCUGAGCUUUAUUGGUUCAAACCCAUUCACACCUGACCUUUCUGCUCCUCUCUCCCACCGCGUGUAGCAGCAGAGGAGUGGAUCCACCAGCUGUUUCUUCUUAUAAAGAUGUAUGAUGUUGGAAAUGUCUUUUCUAGGCUUGCGAAGUGAGCGUUUCUGUUUCCUUUCUGUUUUUCUGAUCGAGCAUAUUUGAACAGUGUUUAUUUCUUGAGAGCGCUUGAUCGAGCUUCAUGUUACCGGACUCCAACAUUACAUGAAGGUAAAAGUUAAAGAAUAACAACUACGGGUUGUUAUUGGAAGAAGGAAUUUCUCUAAGAACAUAUUACUAAACCUUUUAUUUGAACUCCACCCACUGGUAAGCCAAUCAGAAAAUGGACACACUCAAAGAAAGUGAUGCAGUUUUCCUGACAGUCAGUCAGUGCUUAAGAGUGGCUGUUUAACCACUCGGAACCUUUACUGUCCCCACACGGGUCAAAGCGUGAAGGGAAUGAACUAAGUAGUAUCUGAUGUGGACCUGUACCGAUUUCAGACCUACUUAUGAAGUGUCGUUAAUAACUGUACUUUGUUUAUUAUUAUUAUUACCCGCUUAAGGUGGAAGUACAAGCGAUUGAAGGUGCAUUAGUAGUUAUAAACUAGUUCUAAAAAGCUGAUACUCAUGCCUUCGGCCAGUGUAUUACUGGUCAAAGCGAUUGUGCAGAUAGCCAAAAUGUUGUGAUUAAUUAUGAAACCCGAAAGGGCUCAGUUUUGAUUUUGUUAUGCUAGGAGUUCUAGUUAGUGAAUGUAUAUCGGUUUAAAAAGAAAGACCUUUUUAAUUUGGACGAAAUUGAACGGUUUCAGUUCCCACAUUUCUUUUGCAUCAUUUUUUAAGCCUGUUUUAAGACUAAUUCAAUUAGCAGACUUGUACUUUUUGUUUUUCUUGAGCUUUCAGAGACUGACGUUUAGAUUUUAUACAUCCAUGAGUUGAAUGUAGCGGAGUGAAGGCUUUUCCUAGGCGUGUGAGUUUUAAUACUAGACGACACCUCUGGCCUUAGUCAUUUACUCAUGGGCGCAAAGCACGAUAUCUCAUUUAGCCGUGUAUUAAAUGUGGAUGAUGGAAGGAAGAAAAAAAGCUAAUUAAAAAAAAUAAGAAGGAAAUUUCAUAUUUGUGGCUUUCAGCAAGGUCUCACCUUCUCAACUUAAAAACACUCCCUGAAAGAAACAGAGGCUGGUUCUAACUUACUGUGGGACGCAUUCUCUGUCCUCCUUCCCAAAUGUAGAUUAACGUCCUCAGGGACAUCUAGACAGUCCACAUUUUGGCUCCAUCCCUGUGCAUUGAGCAAAAGCGUGGACCGUCUGGGGGUCCCUGAGUGCUGGUUUGGGAACCACUGGAUUAGAAAGCCAGGAGCAGUGGCACUCAGAGAACUGGAGUGUCUACAAGUAUUCAGUCCAUCCCUACAAAACAUCAGCUGUCUUAAGCGAAGAGAAGCCGAGGCUUUGUAUACAGUUUUAAUGCGUGUAGAUGCUGCGCUAGAAGCAGAUCAGGUUUUCUCGACAACAGCGGUAUGGUUUAAUACCAUUAACUUACAACAGAAGUCCUUUCUGUUAUGUUUUGUAGUAUUCCUUUAAGGCAGAGGGAGCGCUACCGAGCUGCACCAACAUCCAGUUCAGUGGGGAGAACACUGCGCUGGGCAAGGCCACGGUUCUCCAGCAAAUGAUUUGAGGGAUACUGGUUAGUACAGUAGUUCUCCAUCCACUGCUAUCCUCGCUCUUUCGUUCUCCCUGCUCUGGUGCACCUGCCCCCUCAUUAAGGGUGUGCUACCAUUGACACCCACUGCUCUAGAUCUGGAUCUCUACCUUUUGGUUUUCACUUGCCCUGCAGCUAUGCGUGAAGGGGGGGAAUCAAACGAGUGACCGGGAGUUAGACCAAGGACUCGUUUGCUUGUUACCUGCAUUGUUUCCGUUCUGAAUCCUGAUUCUCUGAACAGAAUCGCGUGCCUUCUGAGGGUCAGUGUUCAUUCUGAUUUUGUCUCAUUCCGGAAGAGAUGUUCUCUUCUUCCGCUGAUGUCUGAGAAACCGAAUGUCUAAAUUUUGUGCCUUUUUUUUUCUUUUUUGUUUGUAGCCUCCAUCAGCCUGUGUGCGCACAAAGCACAGGCUUCACACUGACAAUGGAAACGCUGCAUGUUUGCCAUAUGCCAUCGCGCUCUCAUCAAUAAACUGCUGGCAGCUAUGA